AUGACGGACAACUUCAAGUACUCUCAGACUGAGAUGUUUAAUAUUAUUGCAGGCCCAGACCCGGAGGGGGACAUGACUAAGGAGGAAGUGUCAGGACCUGUGGAGGGUGACACUGCCCCAGGCAGUCUGCUGGGACAGUCCCACCAGCGCCCGGUGGUCUACCCAGUCGCCUCUGCGCCCAUACCCAGUGAAUGUGAGUUCUCCUUCUUUGAUCCGAGCGACUCGCGAUGCAAAGAGAUCCUGGAGGACUCCAGCACCACCAUCCCAGAGCUGUUCGCUGUGCUCCGACAGUGGGUUCCCCAGGUCCAGAAAAACAUUGAUGUCAUCGGCAACGAGAUCCUUAGAAGAGGCUGUGGGGUGAACGAUCGGGACGGUCUGACGGACAUGAGCCUCCUGCACUACUGCUGCAAGGCCGGGGCUCCAGGCAUCGGUGAUGCAGAGCGGGCAGCGUGUUUGGCCCGGCACCUGCUGGCCCUGGGUGCAGAUCCAAACCUUCGCUCUCGCUGGACCAACAUGAAGGCUCUGCACUACGCCGCGUACUUCGACGUCCCACAGCUCAUCCGAGUGGUUCUGCAGAGCGCUCUGCCCGGAGAGGUGGAUGCCACUUGCAGUGACUUUGACUUUGGCACAGCUUUGCACAUUGCUGCCUCCAAUCUGUGCACCACGGCGGUCAAGUGUCUCCUGGACUUUGGGGCCAACCCUGCGUUCCGGAACGACAGUGGCCAGUGUCCAGCAGACGUGGUCCCGGAUCCUCUGGACAUGUCUUUGGACAUGGCAGAUGCUGCAGUCGUGGCCAAGGAGCUGUGCACGUUGCUGAGAGAAGCCUCUCCACGGCCCAUGUCCCCCCCCCUCCUGCUGACCACCCCCACAGCCUCUGCCCUGGGGCAGCUCGCCACCAUGAGGCUGCGGCUUGGAGACCGUGUCAUGAUAGCAGGACAGAAGGUCGGGACCCUGCGUUUCUGCGGCAGCACCGACUUCUCCUCAGGCCUCUGGGCCGGAGUGGAGCUGGACAAACCCGAGGGGAAGAACGAUGGAUCAGUGGCAGGAGUGCAGUAUUUCAACUGUCGCUUCAGAUACGGAAUAUUUGCACCACUUUCCAAAGUAACCAGACCCAUGGAGAGGCUUAAACCUGGAGUGAUAAGAACUUCCACCCCCAUCCGCCCUCCUCGCAACAUCGACCUUUCCCGUGUGGCCUCCAAAGUUAACUCAGGUUUAAUGUCCCACUCUCGCUCGUCUUCUUCUUCCUCUCUGGACUCUCGCCCCCGCCCCGCCCGCCCACGCCCUCUGCCCCGACAGAGACCUCCGUCACGUCACCGCAGAGACCGGCCUCCGCUCAGCCCCAGGACGACUCCAUCACCGGCUCCAAGAAUGUCCUCUGCUGCUCCUGGUGUCCGCAGUCGUAAUCCGUCAGUAAACAGUGUGGGGAGUGAGGGAGCGGAGGUGCGUCUGGGUGACCGGGUCCUCGUGGUGGGCCAGAGGACAGGGGUGGUGCAGUUCUGUGGGGAAACUGCCUUUGCUCCAGGUACAUUUACACAACAUUGA